UCCGUUCCAGCGCCUCACGGAGCAGCCGCCAUCUUGUUUCUCGCCCGCUUCGCGCUCGCUCCGUUCUUUGUCACCCCCCGCCUCCCUUCAGCCGGGCCGGAGGCAGAGCGGUCGCGGGUCCCUUCCCCUCGGGGCCCCGGGCAGAGGAGGUGAAGGUCGCGGCGCUGGCUUGGCUGUUAUCACCAUGUCUACAGAUGGUGGCUUUGGCGCUGCUGGCAGUAGUGAUGCUCAGCAAAGCCUGCAGUCUUUCUGGCCUCGGGUCAUGGAGGAGAUUCGAAAUCUAACAGUGAAAGACUUCAGAGUGCAGGAACUACCACUGGCUCGUAUUAAGAAGAUUAUGAAACUGGAUGAAGAUGUGAAGAUGAUUAGUGCUGAAGCUCCUGUGCUGUUUGCCAAGGCUGCUCAAAUAUUCAUAACAGAAUUGACGCUACGGGCAUGGAUACACACUGAAGAUAAUAAGCGGAGGACUCUGCAGAGGAAUGAUAUUGCCAUGGCAAACAAGUUUGAUCAAUUUGACUUCCUCAUCGAUAUUGUUCCAAGAGAUGAACUUAAACCUCCAAAACGUCAGGAAGAGGUGCGCCAGGCUGUGACUCCGGCUGAGCCUGUCCAGUACUAUUUCACGCUUGCUCAACAGCCUGCUGCAGUACAGGUACAGGGGCAACAGCAAGGACAACAAACCACCACAUCCACUACCACCAUCCAGCCAGGACAGAUCAUCAUUGCUCAGCCUCAGCAAGGACAGGUCAGUGAUGUCUAUUCGACAUUGGUGAGGCCUCAUCAGGAGUACUAUCUCCAGUUUUGGGCCCCACAC